AUGGAAUACCAAUGGAAACAGAGAAGUAUGUUUAUGACAUCUACUAUACACCUCAGUCUGUUGAUUGAUUGGAUAGAAAAUAUAUGCGAGAUAGAAAAACAUCAUUUACAGUUGUAUAAUGGAUCUGAUAGUGAAGACGAGGAUGCAUUGCAGGACGAUGAUGAUGAGAAUGACGAAAAUAACUGGAGGAAUGAUUAUCCGGAUGAAUCUGAUGAUAGCCAUUAUUCGGAUGAAAUAGAUUAUUUGAAUGCUCAAAUACGGAAAGUAACGGGAAAGAGUUAUGAUACUGAUGAGAGCUAUGAUGUGGACGAGUAUGAAGAGGAUUUUGAUGAAGAUGGUAAUUUGAUUGAGUGUGGUUAUCCAGACUCCGGCAUGAAGCUUCGGAGAGGGAUCAGAGAGAUGUUGAGCAAUGACGAAAAUGACAGUGACAGUGACUGAAUACAGGAUCUCAAUAAAAGUAUAUAUUUUCUUUCAAAAUUUUGCUCUGUUGAUUUUAUACCAGUUUCAUUUCAAUUGGGUGAUAUGAACAUGGUAUUUUGGGAAAAUUUGGCUGAGGGCAGGAGUGAAGGGAUCUUGUCAUCAUGAGAAUUUCAGCUGAAAGCUUGGGCGACAGGAAUGACUUGCCAAGAGUGUACAAAUGUUGAAGGACAAUUACAUUCUGUAGGCAUUUAGGAAGGGGCUUUUGCAUUAUUUCCAUCAAUAAAUGAGUGUGGAAUGUACCACCCAUGUGUCAUCACUGGAAGGACUCCAGCUCUAGGAAAAUGCUAUUUCCAUACUCGGAAACCAUUCCUACUCACCAUGACCGGCGGCGAAGGUUGUAUUCCAAAAAUUUGAAUAUUACAAAAUAAAUUAAAAUAUUACAUAAACAAAU